CUCAAAAAACAAACCCGGUACCUGCUGCCUCAUUCUUUCUCCCUCAGUCGGAUUUCUGUUCUUCAUCCACGAUCAAUCGCCUGCUCUCCAAUUCUUGAUACAACAUCCAAGUCGGUAGUCACACUAUGGCAAAAACCCUCCUCUCCUCUCCCCUCUUCUCACUUCUUACAUUCCUGUUACCCCGUGGUCUAUAUAAGGAGGUGAAGGUGUCCCCAACCGAUCCAUUCUCCCCAACCGAUCCGUUCUCCCCAACCUAAACCCUACCGAUCAUUCUCCAGCAAUGGAUUUCAAUCACGGAUUUCCAGGGAAUCAUCAACGGUGGAAUCAAGGUCCUCGCGGCGGCGGCGGAGAGGGAGAUCGAGAGGAGGUUUACCGCCGCCAACUAGAUCGCGGCGGCGGAGGAAGAGAUCUAUACCGCCGAGGACUAGAUCGCGCCUGCGGAGGAGGAUCCAACCGGGGCGGCGAUCCGGUUUACCACCGCGGGGGCCGCGGCGGCGCAUACAACCAGGGCGGCGAUCCGGUUUACCACCGCGGCGGCGCAUUCAACCAGGGCGGCGGCGGAGGAGGAUCCAACCACGGCGGCGGCGGAGGAGGAUCCAGCCGCGGCGGCGGCGGAGGAGGAUCCAGCCGCGGCGGCGAUCCGGUUUACCACCGCGGCGGCGGAUCCAACCGGGGCGGCGGAGGAGGAUUCAACCACCGCGGCGGCGCAUACAACAACAGUGCUCCGGCUUACAACCGCGCAGGCGCUCCUGUUUCUUUCUGCAGGAGAAUCUUUCACUUCAGAAGAUGAAGAUGAGCUCUUUGGCACUCCGGAAGCAUUUCCUCGGGUUGACACAGAAACAGGGGAUAUGCCAGCCAGUAGUAGUCCUUAUCGGCGCACCGAAGAAGUUAAUUCUGCAGGAGAAACCUUGUUGUGUUCAGAAGAAAAGGGGCUCCUGAUGUUUGGUCACUACAGCCAUAUACCACUUCCCGAUUAUGUAGUUCCAUCCACUGAUAAUUGGCUAGAUAGGGCUUCUAGUGUCAAAGUUGAGGGCAACUCAAGUUUGAGUUCAGAUGAAGCUGACCCCCCUCAAGAGUUUCAUUCGCCCCGAGUUUCUUUCUCUUUGGAUGAUGAUGCUCCACCUGGGAGUCCAGCACACCCCAUCACUCUGGCUCCUCUUCACCCUGCUGUCCUUUCGUGCACCGAAAAUUGUCGAGACAGAGCUCCUAGGCUGCGCUUCAAAUCUGGGAGUUUUUAGAGUUUUAGCUCAGAUGAAGCUUGUCCAACUGAAGAAUUUUGGUUACUAAUGAACAACAAAUCUUCAUGUAUGUUUACAUAUUUGGGUAUUGUAUGUCGGUUUGGUACUUUGCCUGUGCUCUACGAAGUAUUUGCAAACCUGCAAUAUGUAGGGUUUCUUUGUUCCAUCAGUUACGAGUUUACUUUAGUAAAGCUCAAUGAUGAGAACAUGGGUUGCCCUCCUAGUCACAUAUGUUUUUUAGACUUGGCCAUAGAAGAUUACUAGUACCAUCUGUUUUGUUACACUUUGGCCACAUGUUUUCUUUUCUAGUUUGACGACUUCGCACACUUAUUCAGAAAAAUUUAAGAAGUGUUAACAUUUUUCGUUGUUUGCCUUUGAUUGUGAUGCAAAAAAAUUAAUAGUUCCGGUAAUCGGGAUAUGAUAGCACGCUCAUUUUUUUUUCGUCAAAAUAGGGAAUACAUCGAAUGGAAUUUACUUUCCCACCCACAUCUUUGUUGAAUCUCAUCGGUAGAUCAGAUCUAUGGCUUUCAACGGCUCCGUGAAGACAAAAGGACAACCGCAAGAUUGCAUAUUACCCUGCCGAAUAAUGUCCAUUGAUCGAU